GGGAGGGCUGACACAGUCAAACAUUUUCCCUUUGCCUUGUAGUUUUCCCUUAUUCAGUCCUUCACAGAUCAAGAGGAGGAAGAGAAGAAAAAAAAGGAGGAGUGUGGAGCAGAGAGGAGGCGGGGCGUUCAAUGGAGCUGAGGCAGAGUGACAGAGAGCAGCCGAAGAGUCAAUCUGUGGAAAUAUGAUGGAGGCCAGCGUUGUUUCUACAGACACAGGCCUCACAAGCCCGCUGACAGGAGCACUCGACACUCCAUCCAUCACCUCCGUCACUCCACCUUCCCUGCCCUCCUCCCUGCCUCCAGCUCGACCAUGUCGACCCAAACCGCCUCCUCCUCCUGCACCCAAAUCCUCCCAGCUCCCCUCUGCUCCUCCUCCGCCUACGUCCACUCCCCUGUCACUUCUUCCUGCCUCCAAACCUUCCCUCCCUCUAUCCCCAAACCCUAUACCUGCCACAAAUUCAUCCAACACUCCUCCCCCAUCUCUCCCUCCUCCUCUCUCCCCAGCUCCAGCGUCUCCGGCACCUCUGCUCCCUCUCCAGCUGAAUCCGGCCUCUGAUCCGACUCCCUCUCUUAUUUCUCCUCCUCUUUCUGCUCCUUUAUCGCCAACUAUCUCAUCUGUUCCUCCUCCCAAUCCUCCUGCUGUCCCACCAUCCUCCCAAACUCCCAGCAAUCUGAGUCCGAUUGAUAGGCUGGUUGGGAGCGCCUCGGUGUGGCAGCCUAAAGGACUCGGCCAAGAGAAAAUCACAAGUAUACUGGAGAAAGAGACGUCUGGGGCGUUCCUGGUCCACAGCACAGAAAGCGAGGGUGUGAAGCUGUCAGUACGGCUGCCUGAUGAAGAUGAGACACCACUUUUACACAACCUGCAGGUCAAACAACACAAAGCAUUUCUCCACUUAGAAGGCUCCAGUCUGGUUUUCGAUGACAUCUUUAAACUGAUCUCCUUCUACUGUGUCAGCAGCCAUCCAGCUAAGGAACAGCAGGACAUCUUGGCUGUCUCACUGAGGUUACCACAGGCUAUCACCACGGCAACCAAUAAAGAAGAGCUGGAGGUCAUCUCUGCUAUGGGAGCAGAUUUCUGGACAUCUGAUGUGAACCAGCAGCCAAUGAGCAAGGAGCUGGACUUGGAUGAGAGCCACAGCAGACUGUUCUUGUAUGUAAACCCAGUGAUUGUAGAUGAGACACCCAAUAAAGACCCAAACCCCUCGUCUAUCUCUAAACCUGAGAUCAUGACCAGUCAGAACAUCCCAGUUGCUCUGCAGAACGGAGAAGCUCCACAGAAGGUCAGCACAGAGACUAAAACCACACCAAACAUGGAGAUAAAAUACAAACGACCUCCGCCCAGACCCCCCAGCCUGAGCUCAGGGUCUGGGGCAGGCCUCCUCUUCUCCUCUCCCCCCAUGCCUCACACUUUAUCUGUAACCACAACAGCUGAGAGAAAAGAGGAAGGAAGGGGAGGAGUAGGGGAGAGAGAAGAGAGGAAGUCAAUGUCAACAUCACCUCCUCCGUCACGGCCUCCUGUUCCCCUGCAGAGCCGAGCCGCUCCUCCUCUGCCUCCUGCUCCUCUCCGUCGCACCUCCUCCAGGAAAGGCAGUGACCGAGAUGCUGCUGAAGGGAGGGAGAGAGAGAAGGGACAAAAUCCUGCAAAGAAAACAGAGAGAGAGGGGGGAGGAGAGGCGAAAACUGGAAGUAAAUCAGGUCUGCUGAGUGAACACGAGAACAGUGGCCAACACAAAGAGGAGGAAGAGAAAAAAGACGAGCAGGAAAAUAAAGAAGACAAAAACAAACCGCCAGUAAUCAAGAAACCGUCCCGUCCCAUCCCUCCACCCAGGAGGAAACCAUCCUCACCAGACGUACCUGUGCAGCCCAACCAGGCAGGAGGAGGAGGAACCAAUCAGAGCGCAGGGAUGAGAGUCCCUCCUCCCUCCCCGGCCCGACGGCCAGAUGUGUCCCUGUACUCACCGCAGGGGGGAGCUGUGCUGGGAACAGACCCCGACUCAUGCUCCACCAGCAGCACAGAGGAAGAAGGAGAGCAGAGCCAGGAGCACGAGCAGAACCCCAGCCGGCCUUCAGAGAGCCGCAGCCCCAAAGUGGCCGUCAGAAGAACUCCCACCACCGUGAUGUUGGACCGAGCUCGAUACCGCCUCUCCACCGUCCUCACCGGCCUCAUCAGCCACGACCGCCGCCUCACUCAGCGCAUCGUGGAGCUCGCCAGGGACCCUCUGACCUAUUUUGGAAACCUGGUGAAAGAGCACCGAGCGUUCACCCUGGAGACCAUGUCGAACCACGCGUCAUCCACGGAGCUGCUACAGGAGAUUAGACAGAUGGUGACUCAGCUGAAGAGCUACCUGCUGCAGAGUACAGAGCUGCAAGCCAUGCUGGAGCCACAGCAGUACACUCAGGACAAACUGGAGAGCAUCGUAGAAGCAGCGAUGUGUAAGAGCGUCCUGAAGCCGCUGAGGGAGCCGAUUUAUCAGAGUCUGGAGAAACUUCACUCCAACGACAACAGCCUCAAACAGCUGGCAGAGAACCAGUCCAUUGUUCUCGGCAGCACCACCACAGCUUUAGGAAUAACCACGGCCGUCCCAGAGGCCUCUGCUAUGGAGAAGAUCAGCAUCAAAUUGAACAACCUCCAUCUGGAAUAUUCUCCACAGAAGAAGAUCGAGAUGCUGCUGAAAGCCUGCAAGAUCAUCUAUGACUCCAUGUCUGUCAGCAGUCCAGGGCGGGCCCACGGAGCUGAUGACUUCCUGCCAGUAAUGAUGUACGUCCUGGCCAGAUCCAAUCUUUCCGCCCUGCAGCUGGAUGUGGAGUACAUGAUGGAGCUGAUGGACCCCUCUUUAGCACUGGGAGAAGGUUCUUAUUACCUGACCACCACGUACGGCGCUCUGGAGCACAUUAAGACCUUCGACCAGCAGAGGUCAGCGACGCGGCAGCUGAGCAGAGAGGUUCAGGACUCCAUCCACCGCUGGGAGAGACGACGCACGCUCAACCAGGAGCGCAUGGCCCAGGGAUCUGUGCGGGACUUUUUAACCGUGUGUUGUCCUGAAGUUGGAGCCAACUCCAAGACUCUCGGCGUCCUCCCGACCACAACCAUCCAGGAGCUGGCAGAGCAGUGUGCUGCACGCUUUGAACAAGACUCGUACAUACUCAGCGUGUACAUGGACGGCGCCCAGCGCCCCCUGGCCCCCGCGGAGCUUGCCGUCAGCGUAAAGAACAGCUGUCAGCCUGGAUCCUACUGCUUUGUCUAUCACCCUGCCAACCAGCCAAUCAAACAGCCCCCUCGCAGCUGCCCCACUGACCCACCCCCGGCUCCACCCACACAGAUCCUUACCCCAGCUGAUGCAUCAGCCGUUGAUAGUGAGGAGGCGGAGGAGCAGAGUCUGAUUAGCUUGUAGUCGUUUCAGUGUCACCGUGGAGGCUACAAUAACUACAUCACUGUGCUUCAAUGAAGAACUGGCAGCAGAGGAGGGAAGUUCAGUUUGGUUUAAUAGAAGAAAACUCUUUAAGGAAACACGAAGGAUAUGUAAUGAACACCUUCCUUCUGUUGUGUUAGAUUUAAGCUGUUAAAAAUGUGAUUCCAGUAUUUCCUUUGUAACUUAGGCCUGAUUUUGAUACUUUAUGGGGUCUAAAUUUCUUAUUAAUUAUUUCAGCAAGCCAACUCCAAAAAGGCAGCAGCAUCACCCAAUAAGGAAACUGAUAAAAGCUCAAAUUAAAACCAAAUUAGUCAAACAAAUAUGAUGCUUUGAUACUGUCAGGCCCUGAAACGAAGACUUAAUAUCCCAAAAACAUUGCAGAAACAUUUCACACUGAAGAUAACUUAAGUAAAGUACCUUUUCCCUAGGGGGUAAGAUGCAUUUCUGAACUAAAAACAGACAUUUUUCUGCCUCUAUAGAGACAACAGCAGUGGUUUUACAUGGCAAAGUAAGGGAUGCUAGCGUACUGCUGCCAAAGUAGGGUCAUCAGAUAACAUUCAUAUCUGUUCUGAUACCAUGGCAGCAAAAAUAGAAGUCCUAGGCACCAAAGAUUGGGUGAUUUAUUGUUUUAAUUUCAAAAAGUUGCAGGCAAACUCCUGCACUCUGUCUUGGUUGUGCAAAAACUCUGGCAAUGAUUUCUUUCCUAUCCAUAUGUAUUAUAAAAUACAUACGAUGAAACUUUUUAAGGCCCUGUGUCUUAAAAUGCUUUCAAUCUUUACAAAAAUGGGAAUUGUACCCUUUUAAACAUGGUAGUUGAAGGUUGCAGAGUAUCAAACAUUUUGACGACUUUAUAAUAGAAAGGAAGACAUCCAAAUUUUGUGCGUGUCAUGACUGAAAUUUGGCCUGGUGGUUUAAAGCACAGUGCUGUCAUAGAAAACCUAAAAUAAAGAUUUUUUUAUCACUUUACAGGGACUUUUAAGCCACCUGACAUCAUCAAAAACAAGUAUUUCACCAUGCAAAGAGCACAAGAAUCUACUGCUGCCACAGACAGGUUGUCACAAAUUUAAAAUCUCGGGGACCAGUAAAAGCCAAAAAUUAUCAGUGCCUCUUUUGACUCAGCAGAAACAUAAACAGCAGUGAUAUUCCCUGGCUUUUAGGCAAUUUCUUGUUUUUAAUCAACAAAAAUUGCAAGGAAAUCUUCUGCAUACACACUGACAUCAUUUCAGUGGAAUAAAGAGUGUGCUGGAGUUUUUUUUAAGGAUUUAUUCCUCUCAUAUACACCUGUGUUAUGAAAAAGAUACCAUUCUUUAAAUCUAUAUGCCAUCCAUGGACGUAACAUGGGGGGAAAAGGGUACUGAUUACCCGGAUUUCAGGGAUGGGCCCUGUGGGAGCCUGUAAUGAAAUGUGUGUUGUUUUUUUUUUUUGUUUUUUUUUUUCUUAGUAAUUCAGUCAACAGACUGAAAAUUGUUUCAAAUAGAGUAAAAUACAAUACUUGGGGCCCCGCUCCUUCCUUAAAAAUGUCCAAAUAGUAAAGUCAAGCACUGUGAAAUAAUGGAAGUAAAAAUAUUGCUCAUAUAUGGGGGACUUAUGGUUCAAAAAUAGAUAAAAAUGCAUAGAUAUUUGAAAAAUGAUGCAACAUUUGCUGCUUGGCUAGCUGGUUAAGGGGGGCCCUGAGAACCAUUUUUUCUGGGGGCCCAAAAUCCCUAUCUACGCCCCUGAUGCUAUCAAUAUAUCGAAUAACAGACUUUAUCAUUUCAAAACACAGUGCUAAAAGUUUUUUAAAAAUCAACAAUUUUGACAGUAAAACUUCAGCGAAAGAGCAUUUUUUAAUUGUUAGGAUGCUCUUUUUUUAAAACAAAGACGUCCAUUUUAAUCUAUCUUUGCCAAAAUGAUUAAAAAAUUAUAAGUUUUAAUAUGAUUCUAGUAAAAUGAACCCAGCUGCAAAGCACACGAAGAAAAAAAUGUAAGUCCUAGCAGCUGAUAUCAGGCCAUUUAUUGAUUUUAAUUGCCAGAAGUAGCAGGUGAACUCCCAUAGUUCACAACAAAUACUGUCAGACACUUUCUGACUGAAACAUUGCCUUUGUUUUUGUGCGGUUAAGACAGUUUCUAGGAUUUUACAUAUGAAUUUUGGAUGUAUACAUUCCUCUCCUAAAUGCCUGUCUUAAGAAAAGAGAUGUAGUUUUUAAGAUUUAGGUUCUUUUUGAUGUUAAUAUCAGUAAAAUAACAGAGAUGAUAUUGUUUUAAACCAGGGGUGUCAAACUCAAGGACUGGGGUCCAAAUCUGGCCCAUAGUGCAGUUUUACCCGGCCCGCAGAAUCAUAUCAUAUUUUCGUUAGAACUGGCCCACAGGUCUGAAUCCUGCAGCUUUCCUCCAGUAUAGAAAUUAGAAUUUAACCUUGAAGAUUUAUAAUUUCCUUUAAGUCAUAAACAUUUGAAAAAGUAAAGGGUAAAAAUAAUGAGAUGGAAAGUAAGGAAUGAGGGAGAGAAAUGUGUUUGUGUUUUCAUUUAAUAUUCUCAAUUUGCAUCUCAAAAUCCUGACUCAAACUUAGCAUUUUGAGUUUUUAUUUCAUACUGUGAACUUUAAGAUUACAAUUUUAAAUUUCA